AUGAAGACCACAUUGAUUGCUUCUUUUCUCGUGACCAAUGUUUACGCAUUAGUCUCUCUCCCGAAUUUGACUUCAUACCCGGCCAGCGUUGGACAUGCCGUGGCGAACUUGGAUGAAACCCUCAAGUUCUACCAUGAUCUCGUUGGCCUCGUCGUUCUCCAUCAAGACGAGGGGCCCGUCAACGACCCAGCAUAUGGGGAACUUACAAAUACGAGCAGCGCGACCUACAAGACUGCUAUUGUUGCCAUUCCCAACCAGCGCUGGACCCUGAACCUGGUCGAGUACAUUGGUCUUCCCAGAGAGCAGGUCAAGCAGCGCGAACAGGACCCGGGAGAUCCAGGUCUCACACUCACGGUCAAGAACUCAUCUGCAAUUAACAAAGCUUUGCGUGCUGCCAAUGUCACGACCAUACUCGGCGAGCCGGCCCCAGAGGGCGGGGCGGAGGGGACCACCUCGACCGUCUGGGUGUAUGAUCCCGACGGCUACAUGGUAGAGCUCGUCCAGCGCAGCGGGCCCUCCGAUUUCUUUACCGUGUCCCCGCCCAAUAUUACCGACGGCCCCGGGAUGGAAUUUGUUAUCCGCGGCCAGCUCGACCUCACCUUGUCCAACGUCACUCAGGCGAUCACCUUCUACAGGGAUAUCUUGAGACAGAACAUCAGUCGUGGCUUUGAGCCACUAAUUGGGCCAGGAUAUGAUUCGCUUGGCUUUGUCGGGACUAUCUUCAACCUGAGUACCGACACGCAAUGGGCUGCCGUCACUGGAAAUUGCGACCCUGACACUCGAUGCGAGUACUACAAAUACGACGCUCCAGACAGGGUGUCUAUUAUAUAUCCAGCAAAUUACCCUGGCAUUGGGAUCACGACGUACAAUGUCAAGGGGCUGGACGGUGUUAUACAGAAGGUUCAGGCUGCCGGCCUAACCAUCGUUACCCAAGGAGGAGUACCUGUGAGAGUGAAUGGUAGGCGAAGUAUUGUAGUCCGUGACCCAUCGGGGUAUCUCGUACGUCUGGAAGAGGAGUUUUGA